UUCUCUCUCUUCUCUGUGAUUCUCACCAUGCACGUGCAUUUCCUUCACCAUCUUUACUAGUUCUUCUUCUGAAUUGGGUCUCUCUCUCUCUCUCUCUCUCUCUCUCUGCGUUUUCUUCCUCACCUUGUUGGACUUUACCAAACUGUGAAGAUGAGUUCACGAUCCUUGAGGGGAAAUCGUCAGAGGAAAAUGUUGCAGCUGGACCUGAACCUGGUACCACCAUUAGAGGAGAACAGUGUCCAAAAUGAUGCUGAUGAUGAUGAUGAUGUGGUUGAACUGUCACCAACUACAUUUGCUCAGACUCGGAGCAAUCAGAGGAGGAGGAUUAACAGGAGGAGGAGCAUUUAUGAUAUAGAUGAUGAAACUGGAGAAUUGCCAAAAGAGAUAAUAAUUGACGGAAAAGUUUAUAGAACUGUGGAAACUGGUAGCAGUUCUACGGAAGAAAAGGAAAAGGAAAAGGAAAAGGAAGAGGAAAAGGAAAAGGAAAAGGAAAAGGAAAAGAAGUCACCUGAACCUCCUAAGAAGCCGCCUCAACUUGACUGUCCAAUAUGCAUGGCUGCAUUUGAAGAACCGAUGUCUACCAGGUGUGGUCAUAUCUUUUGUAGGGGUUGCAUUAACAGUGCAAUAGCUGCACAGGGUAAAUGCCCUACCUGCAGAAAGAAGGUUACAAAGAACCAACUCAUAAGGGUGUUUCUUCCAUCUCUUAGUUAAAGGUAUCACCAAAACAACUGAUUAUACAGGAAAUGAAAACAAGAGAUAUGUGGCCAGGUCUAAUUGAGGAAAAUCACAAAUACAAAAAUGUAAUCUCCAGAUUUUUUAGUGGCUGCUUUCUGUUUGUUGUGGCAGAAGCAUAUUGACUUUCACAAACAUGCUAUUAGUUUAACAACACAAACCUAAGUUUUUUAACCUUUUAACUUUAUUGGUGACUGAAUAAUCUUAUGAGGAAUUUAUGGAUUUGCAAUUUGGUGAUAGUAUUCCUCUAUUUUAUUGUUUGACCAGUAUUAAUUUGGACAUAAGAUUAUGUUUAUAGUUACAUUGG